AGUUUCAAUACUGGAUGUAAGUAAACGUUUCAUUUUACACAAUUGAUCAUUAUGUACACCUUUCUCAAGACGAUAGAGAAAAAAACCUGUAAUAACUGAUGCCGAGAAAAUGACCUGCAUUCUCCUUCUCAUAGUCAAAAGCACAACAGACAAGAGUUUUUGAGCUCCUUCUUAUCCUAGCCAAUCAUUGUGGUUCAUUCUCGUUGAAAACAAAGCGCUUCAUCUUCUGACCGUAGGGAUUUGAUUGAUAUACUUGCAAGGGGGGAAAAGCGAGACUUCAGGAGUGCGUACUUCACUAGUACUUCACUGUACUUCAAAAACAUUUUGAAGUAGAUGAAGUCUCGCUUUUUCCCCCUUGUAUACUUGUUUAUCAAAUUAAUUGAUGUUUUUAUUUAGCAUUUCUAAUCCGAAAUAGUCAAUGGUCAAAAAAUGCUAUGCGAAAAGUUUAUGAGCAUCAAUAUUGGACGAGGCAUUAUACAAAUGAGGAACAAGAUGUAAUGUUCUGGUUAUAUUCGAACAACGACGAUUGGAAAAGACAGGUCCACAUUUUUCCAAUGAGACUUGCAAACUCAUUUCCAGGCACACCUUGUAGGAAAAAUGAAACACAUCGUGUCCAAUAUCAAAAUGGAGAUAUGGUGGUACAUUAUGCUGGUUAUGGAGGUGGAUUAUCUCGCAUAUGGCCUAAUGAACUCGAGAAAUGGCGAAAAAAAGGAAAAUUAUUAGACGAAACUGAAAUGGAUAUUUUUGUUAAAUAA